GAAUUGACGUCCGACAGAGGGAGAGAGAUAAGAGAGACACAGAGAGAGGCAGAAGAUACAUGAGCCUGUCUUUGACAACCUGUUCAGUGAGACGUGCGCAUCUCAGCUGUUCCGCUUUGGGCCAAGGAGUCCAUCACAUCGUUCUCAGUCUGCGCACAUACUUCCACUGGCAAACAGUAGGCUACUUGGAGACGCGAGGGGAGGAGCGGUGUAGUGUAUGGAGAGUGGGACUUUAUUUUGAUAGCCUAUAAUUUCCAAUAACCUACGCGGGACUGAACUGUUUAAAGAAAUAAGAGGCGUAAGAAAUAAGGCAGAUUCAACGCCGAAAGGGAGAGAAUCGGAGUGAUUUCGGACUGCAUGGGUUUAUGAGGACUCCGCUUUGUGGAUACAAGGAGCGGCUCGAGCCCCCUAAAGAAUCCAAACGAAUGGUUCCGUGCGUUAAAAGUUACCCGGUGAAUUCUUAUCACAUUUCUACUCUCUUUUGAGAAUUGGUAUACAUCGAAAUUGGAACUAAGAAAUUCUACGAACCCGGAAAUACUUAAGUGGGGAUACCUACAUGUACAACGAAUUUAUGGUAAGACAUCUAAGGUGGUCUUGAAACGGAAUUAUCGCUGAGCCGCGUCGUAGACUUCGUUUCAAGACAGCCCACCCGCUGCUGCGCUGACUACACCUCUGAGUAAGACUAUUUCCAGGUUAUGAGGGAUCGAAGCUAAAGAUGGAGCUUUUCUGGAUUUUGUUAUUUUCUAUCAUCCACCCAUACACACGAGGGCAAGGAGUUUACGCCCCUGCCAAUGCCCAGAUCUCACACGCGGGCCAGGCAUGCGUGGUGAAGGAGGACAACAUCAGUGAGAGGAUCUACACUAUCAGAGAAGGAGACCGCCUGGAGCUACAAUGUCUGGUCAAAGGACACCCACAACCACAGGUGCGGUGGACAAAGACAGCAGGCAGCGCCUCUGACAAGUUCCAGGAGACGUCCAUCUACAACGAGACGCUGCGCAUCGAGGGCAUCCAGCGGGUACAGGGCGGCCGCUACUACUGCAAGGCCGACAACGGGGUGGGGGUGGCUGCCAUCAAGUCCAUCCGGGUAGACGUGCAGUACCUCGACAAACCCGUGCUGACAGUGCACCAGACCAUCAGUGAUGUGCGCGGGAGCUAUUACCAGGAGAAGACGGUGUUCCUGCGCUGUACGGUCAACUCCAACCCCCCAGCCCGCUUCAUCUGGAAACGUGGCAACACGCCCAUAGAGCAGAGCAAGGAUACCGGAGUGGACAUCUACGAACCGCUCUACACACAGGGGGAGACCAAGGUGCUGAAGCUGAAGAACCUGAGGCCAAAGGACUUUGCAAACUACACGUGCGAGGUGACUGUUCGCAACGUGUGUGACAUCCCUGAGAGCUCUGUCACCUUUCGGCUCACCAAUGCCACCACUCCCCCUGCUCUACGGCUGUCGGUCAACGAGACCUUGGUGGUGGACCCCGGGAAAGACGUGACCCUGUCGUGUGAGGUGACCGCCGGAUUCCCUAAGCCCACUGUCACCUGGUCGCGCUACCCCAACCCAUUGCCGAGAAACUCGUUGGUAAGGAAUGGGACUCUGACACUGCGCUCGGUCACGCCCGCCGACUCGGGCUUCUACAACUGCACAGCGGUCAACAACGUGGGGAACCCGGCCAAGAGGAACGUCAACCUCCUCGUCCGAAGUAUGGGCAACCUCACCUUCCAGAUCACACCCGACUCCAACAAGGACAGUGAGAGCAUCCAGAUGGGCCGCGAUCUCAAGCUCUCGUGUCACGUGGACGCACAGCCCCAGGACAAGGUCAACUACACAUGGUACAAGAAUGCGGCACUAGUCUACAACUCGGACAGCUUGAUCGUGCUGCGCAGCGACCCGGACAUGGCGCCGGGCACAAGUAGCCUGGAGAUCGUGGACAUGAAGUUCCGUGACCAGGCCACCUACAGCUGUGUGGCCAACUUUCCUGGCAGCACGGUGCCCGAGAUGAGGGUAGAUGUCAACAUUACCCAAAGCAGCGUCACUCCCCCAAUUCUGACGGUGCCGGCAGGGGGCCAGGUGGUGAGUGUGAGGGAGGGAGGCUCUGCCGACCUGGUGUGCCUGGUGGAUGGCAAGCCCCGUCCGCCUGUGCUCUGGUCGCGCGCCGACAAAGACCUGCCUAUGCCCACGGGUGAGUGGGCGGUGGAGACACGCAACGGGCGCCUCCGGCUGACCAACGUCACCCGUGACCUGAUGGGUUCCUAUCGCUGCCAAACGGCGCCCUACAAUGGCCUCAACAUCAAGCCACGCCAGGCGCAGGUGCAGCUCAACGUGCAAUACGCUCCAGUCCUGGACCCGGUCUUUCAGGAUGUCCGUUCACCCAACUACCAGUUUGUGACGUUGCGCUGCCUCAUUCAGAAGUCCAACCCGGCACGAGUGGCCAGUGUCCGCUGGGUCCGAAACGGCGAGCCCCUGUCCUCCCUGACCCCGAACCCGCAGGAGAACCCGCAGCUGAAAUUCAAGCUGGACCCCAGCAACAACGGCACAUAUGAGUGCCGCGUCAGCAACGGCGUGGGCAGCUCCACCUGCACCUUCAACGUCUCGUCCCGUCCAUACAACGCAGAGUUUUACUUUGAUACGCCCAACCCCAUCCGCAUUCAGAAGGUCAACAACUACUCCUACAACCUCCAAUGGACCCAGAGAGAGCCGGCAGCUACAGACCGCAUCAUCGGCUACUGGGUCAACGUCCGCACGAUUAAGCAGAAUGACAAGAUGAACCAGGUGAACAUGUUCUCCAAGCAGAUCGACAAGAAGGAGCCCUUGAAGGGCGGCCUCAUGUCCUACACCCUGACUGACCUGAAGAUCCCUGUUUCCUAUGAGAUCCGCCUGGCCCCCAUCACCACCUACAGCACCGGAGACUAUGUCAGUCGCACCAUCCAGUACUCAGAGCCCUACAUUUACCCAAGACCUUCAGACCACGUCUGUGGCUUUGAGGACGAGCGCAUCUGUGGUUUCUCGCAGGACCGGGGCGACAAGUUUGAUUGGACUAGACAGAACCACCUGACCCAGAACCCCAAGCGCUCGUCCAAUACCGGCCCAGAGAUGGACAGGAGUGGAAACAAAGAAGGUUACUACAUGUACAUCGAGGCCUCUCGUCCGCGGGUCACUGGGGACAAUGCCCGUCUCCUGUCCCCUCUCUACAAUGUUACUGCUGCCAGAGGCCCCAAGGGCUCCGGUCGUCUCCCCUACUGUGUCUCAUUCUUCUACCACAUGAAGGGCAAGCACAUCGGUUCCCUGAAUGUGUGGCUGAGGGUGAAGAGCAUCGCCUCUGUGGGCGAUCGGGUCUGGACUCUGGAUGGGAACCAGGGUCCUGACUGGAUUCAGGCCAACAUCAACGUCAACCCCAGCGGACCCUUCCAGGUGAUGUUUGAGGCUAUUCGGGGAUCGGGCUAUGAAGGGGACAUUGCCAUCGAUGAUGUCUCAGUCACCAAAGGGAAAUGCAAGCAGGAGAACUCUGUCUCCAACACAGUUCUGAUUGGGGGAGCCCCAGGUCUGCGCUCGCUCCCAUUGGUCGCCUCACUGACCUUCGCCCUCUGCUCAUAUCUACUGCUGCUCUACAGAUGAUGAGCACAACGCACAGCGUCCCCUGUCUGCCGAGACAGGCUACUGCCCAGACUUGCUCUCUCUUCUUCUCUCCCUGUGUCCCUCGCUACCGCUCCCCACUCCCCUCCCUUCUUCCUCUCACAUUCUCCAUCCACCUUUUAGUUUUCAUCUCCAGCCCUGUUUUUGAUGACAAUCCAUGCUUCACUUCUCCCAUUACACCUUGGCUAUGCUUGUAACUGACUGUCAUUUGAUUGACUCUCUCUCUCUAUCAUUCUCCUUUUCCCACUCACCCCUUUACAGUCGUAUGUGGCUGUGUUUUUUCUUUCAACCAAUCACACUAUUUUUAACUGAGGCAAAGUCGCAAACUCAAUGACCUGACCUUUGACACCCAAUAUCACUCAAUCCAACCCCUCACAGCAGACACACUUCAUUCUUCUAUUCACUCUCACACACUCUUCCGCCACCCCCCUUUACUCUUUCCAACCCCCCCAGCGACCACCCGUAUCCCUGACACACCAAAGUGUCGGACACUCUACCAAAGAUGAUGAAGAACCUGAGGAAAAAAGGGAAAGGAUGGGUGGUGGGAGGGGUUGAGAAUAAUUGGAUGACAAGGGUAGGGGGGUUCCCCCCCUCCUUAUUGAACCCUCCCCUUCGCCUCCUUGGGUUGGGCGCCAGGGAGCUGCCGAUCACAGCAGACUGAGUGACUGACAGACUAAGGAAGGAAGGAAGGAAGGAAGGAGUUCCCACUUGCCUCUCCUCAACCGGUCAUAGCCGUAGAUGACUUGUGUUGGAUCGUACGUGUACAUUUCUCUAUAUAUGAUAUAUUACAAAAGUUUAAAUAAAUAAAACAUUAAACAAAAACACUCAUGGACAUGAGCAACGUUACAGGCUGCAACAAAGCAAAUCUACAGAAGCACAAAUUUAUACAAUCUACUCCCUUUUAUUUGGGGUUUUCCUCCGUAUGUUGUUGCUGUAUCUUGUCCCAAUCAAACUAUUUGUGUUCUUAUGUUUUUUUGGGGGGCGGAUGUGAAAAAAAGAGAGUGGUAACAUUUAUGUGGAAGAGAUGUGUGGAUGUGUUGGUUGGUACCUAUGACACCCUUCGCCUAUAGCCCACUUGAGCACUCGUGGCAGGGAUGGGCCAGUCACCUCCAUUAUGCCCACCACCCCACUCUCCACCCCAAAAAAUUACUUGACAGAGACUACGACUAGCCUCCCCUACUCAUUCACCCCAGCCAGCCACAUCCCCUAUCUUCAAAGUCCAGCCAGUAACAGCAUCUCUCGGACUUCCUGCGGUCUACAGACAAUGUACCUCCUGCUUCCUGUACAAGGAGAAAGUGGAGGUGGAGCAUGAUUGAAAUCAAUUACGCCAACCACGUCAAUACGCAUCAUUUAAAUGAGGCAUGGAUGUAGUAUAUUGGGGGCAGGGCAUCAAAAUCCAAGAAAAUGACCAACAGGGUAAGGAGAGGGGGGGUGCAGAUCCGAUAGAUGGAUUCUAUUUCACAGGUUUCCGAUGAUGAAUGUCAUGUAUAGGAUUCUAGAGAAAUAACUGAAUCAACAACAUUUGGAAGGCAGCAGGUCCAAUUUCCUACUACAACUGUAUCAGCCGAUCGAGGUUGAAUGUCUUCGAUGUAACCAUAGUUUAUUUAAGACGAUUACUCAUGUAACAUUGUUACAGUAUGAUUGUGUUUCUCUGUGGAGCAAUAAUCAUUCACUAUCAGCUCACAUAGUUAGCCCGAGCACAUCGUGAUUGAUCAAAGUCUACAUCCUGCAAAUGCACCUGUUCGCCCAAUUAAGGUAGGGAUUCCAAUGAGCCCCAAGCACAUUGUUGCACAAAGGUACAGAUUCAAUCCGAUCGUAGAUUCUUGACAACACAGCUUUUAAAGGCAAUGUUCACGUUCACAGUAAAUGCUUCAGAUGUCCGUUCAAACAGAAAUCACCUUUAAAAGCUGCAUUGUCGACCACGCGAUCGGAUUGAAUCUCAGCUAAAGUAAUUGGUCACAAUCUAAGAACAAAACAACAGACUAACCUAACUGAUGAUGCAGAACACAUGUAAUCUUCCUCUCAAGAUUAGUUUCCAAAAGUCCCCUGAAUCGUAAACCACAACAUACUACCCCUAGGCACUUGUAGAUCUGAGAGGGUUGGAUAGGUAUAAGCACGAUGGUGGGAGCUCCAUCUUACCAUCUGAUACGCCAGGUGGAAUUGUUGCUAUAUUGCUUAUACCUGUCCAAUCCUUUCAUAUCUACGCAAGUGCAUGGGAGUAGGGAUUAAGGGUUGAUUUGGUAUACAGGGAUACUGUUACAUCAGUCUUCUCCAAAUAAGUGUUGUACUUUUACUGCAUGAGGCUUUUUUUUAUCGUAUCGGUUGCCGAUAUUACUUAAUUCAGCUCUCACCUUCAACUUAAAGUUCUCAACAAGGGAACCUUGUUCAUAUACAUACACAGAACAUGGACAUCAAACUGUGUGCCUCUAAGACUUGCUUCCAUAAUCUUCCUAAAUCAAAGCACUUGGUAAAAAUCGGGUGUGGACACUCGAUUUCAGAUGUCAAGUGCAUUUUGGCUGUCUUUUUGACAUCCCUCAUAGUCACAUUGUAAUAGCUACUUAGGUCCAUACUGCAUUGCAAGCUCAUGAGAAGCUUUGUUUUAUUAAAUGUAUGUCAUUGUGAUCUGGGAGCCAUCUAAGACUUGCUUCCAUAAUCUUCCUAAAUUAAAGCACUUGGUAAAAAUCGGGUGUGGACACUCGAUUUCAGAUGUCAAGUGCAUUUUGGCUGUCUUUUUGACAUCCCUCAUAGUCACAUUGUAAUAGCUACUUAGGUCCAUACUGCAUUGCAAGCUCAUGAGAAGCAUUGUUUUAUUAAAUGUAUGUCAUUGUGAUCUGGGAGCCAUCUUGUGUGGUCCUAACCUCAUGCUUGCUUGUACACUUUGCUCGCUCACUUUAACUGUAACACCCAUAUGUAUGUAACAGCAGCUCAUGUCUUAGCGUAGAUGCUCUCGAACGGUUGUUGGAGUUUUGGCAUCUCAGGUCAUGUCUUGAGCCAACAUCGUGUCACAGGGGGUAAGGUGUCUUAUCUCAGAUCUGUGGUGUUCAUGUGCUACUCACAACCAAGAAACUCUGAAAUAUCCAACUGGGAAACUCGGUAGAAGAGUGCUUGAUUCAUCACUUGGAAGCUUUGGACAUCAGAAGCUCGGAGUUAUGACGUGUGGGCAAUUUAGGCAAAUUUUUUGUUCCAAUAUUCUUUCAGAGUUUACGAUAACUCUGGUACCACAUGACAGCAGUUACUGUCUUGCCGACUACCCAUUUCCCACCUCCUUUAUCCAGUAAGCUGUGCAUUUCGUAAGCAUUUUUGGAAAGCGCUGACCAUUUGCUAGCUACUAUAUUUAAUGUAUAUUUACAACUAUCUGUAAGUAUAGGCAGGAGAUAUGCAGGGUGGCAAUUCCUGAAUUAGGACAUGAUAUAUCAGAAUCAGAUGCAACUGAAAGAUAAUUAUCAAAGUACUUUAUCACAUGAUUUUAAAUGAUAAUGUUUCAUUAGGAAAUUUGAACUCGUUCUACAUGACCCCAAAGAAUUCAGAGGCUUGGUGCAAUUGAUGUUCACUUGUUGUUUUAUUUCAUUUGUGGUUUCUUCACACAUCUAGAGUAUUUGGCAAUUAUGAAGAAGGUAGCGGUUUUAAAACGAAGAUCAAUUGUUUUCCCUUUAUUU